AUGGUACACAAGAGAUCUCUGAAGAGCACUGAAAGUUUUAUCACUGCUGAAGUCCAUUCCAGCUCCACUGCUAUGUUUUCAGUUAAUCACAGUGAAAUUCAAGAUACUGGAUUAAUCCUCAAUGGAUUUCCUGGGACUCAAGAAAUACAAUACUGGAUUUCUGUUCCUUUUACCUGUAUGUUUAUAACUGGCUUGGUGGGUAACCUCACAGUACUGAUAACUGUGGUGACAGAACCCAGUCUCCAUGAACCCAUGUACAUUUUUAUUGCUAUACUAGCAGGAGUAGAUCUAAUUCCAAGUGUUGCUCUCUUGCCAAAGAUAUUAGCCCUUGUCUGGUUUGGCUCAAAUGUUAUACAGUUUGAUAGUUGUUUUGCGCAAAUGUUCUUCAUUCAUUUUUCUGCAGUCAUGGAAUCAUCCCUCUUACUCUUCAUGGCCUAUGAUCGCUACAUUGCAAUCUGCCAGCCUUUGAGAUACUCAUCUAUUUUAACCAGAACAUUUAUAAUGAAGGGUAUUCUGUUACUUUUAGCCAGAUGUCUCUGCUUUGUCCUGCCAAUUCCUAUACUUGCCAGACAGUUGCCAUAUUGUGGGACAGGCCCUGUCCGUAGUGCUUUUUGUGAAUACAUUGCUGUUCUCGAUUCUGCAUGUGUCCAUACUCUCAUCACUGACAAUUAUUUGUUCAUCUUACUUGCUUUCGUUGGAAUACCAGACGCAGCAUUGAUUGGCAUUUCAUAUGGCAGGAUUGUGAAUGCAGCAUUAAAUUUGAAAUCAAAAGAAGCACGCCAGAAGACAUUCAGCACUUGCAGUUCUCAUUUAUUUGUGAUUUUAUUAUUUUAUAUCACUGGUAGUUUAUCAUUACUGACAUAUUUUUCUGAUAAGGUACCAGAACACACUCGUGUGCUAUUUUCUAUCAUGUACAUUAUUGUUCCCCCAACACUAAACCCACUUAUUUAUGGUAUAAAAACAAAAGAGAUUUUGCAACGAAAGCUGAAAAUACUGACAAUGAAAAGACAGACACUGGAAGACCGACAAUGGAAAUAA